CCUUCCAAAGAAACUUACCUGACCUUAUAUGUCUGUAUUCCCAACGCCCACUUAAAACCCUAACUUUUCAUCCUCCAGUGAAAAUUUUAAUCCACCCAGAUUUUUCACAUUCAAUCCAAUCCAAAUCGGUAACGGGUGUAUCAGCCUGAUAUACAGACGCCAGAAGGUACAUGCAUGUCUUGAUUUGUAAUCUGUCUUAUCUGUUCUCACAUCUCAAUCGCCAGAAACCAGAAAUCUAGGGAUUGAACCCAUCUGUGCCUUUUUCGAUGGCCAACGGUGCGGACCCGGAGGCGUUCGUGGUGCGUUCUACUAUUCGAACGGGCUUGAAGAGGGAGUUUGCAUUCGCCUUGAAGUCCCAGUCUGAGAUCUCCGGGUUAUUGGGGCGUACUCGGGCUAGGCGGGUUCAGAACGGGUCAACAGGAGGUGGGUUAUCUCAGAAUACGACCGGCAUCGAAAACAAGCGCUUGAAGACCGAUGGCUCUGAGGAUGGAGCCGCGGAAGUUCUGGAGGGGAGCGAUAAUGUGGAAGCACUGAGUGAAGAGGAGGCCAAAAGCGACGUGGUUGAUCCUGAUGAAACUAUUUUGAUUGAAUCAAAAAAUAAUGAUGUGGAGGAAGAGGUUCGUGCUAAGGGAUUGGUGACAGAAGGGGAUUUGAAAGAGGGUGACAAUGCAAUGGAGUUGGACGAGAGCGAGAAGGAGAGGAAGAAGAAUACAGACUCGCCAAAGGCAUUAGUCAAGUCGGAUCAACAGGAGUGGUCAAAUUGUUCAUUGCCAAAGUUGGUUGAUAACAUAUAUGACGGAGACUUAGAAAGAAAGAAUGAGGAUUUGAAGGAUGGAGCUUGUUGGUCUGCCCAUAAGUUGGUGGUUAGCGAUGAUGAUAGAAAGACGGAGGAUAUGCUAGCAAAUCCGGAUUUGCAGAAAGAAGAAGGGGAUUCUCAAUUUGAAGAAGUGUCUAGUAAGUCGUUACUGAUUUCCGUUGGAGAUAUUGAUAGGAAGGAAGAUGGUAUAUUACUGACAGGGGAUGUGAAGAAAGACGAAGUGAAUCAUGAACAAGACGAGGAAGGGAUUCCUGGGCUGUCAAUUGACUCGGUAAAAACUGAUAGCAAAGUAGAUAAUACUUUGUCGCUUGAGGAUCCUUUGAGAAGAUUUACACGGUCUGCAUUAAAAGGUAAGGAAGUGAAGCCUGUGGUGACUAAAUCGAUGGGGAAGUGUGGUGUAGGAGAGAGUAAUAUGAAUCGAAUUUCUUUUGGUGGACGGUUGGUUGGUACUCCUACGAGUCUGUCGAAGAAUUCUGCUCCGAAGAAGUUCCCUGCCAAGUUAAAGGAACUUCUUGAUUCGGGUAUAUUGGAGGGAGUGAAAGUGACAUAUAUCAGAGGCCCAAAGGUAAGAGGACAAGGAGAAACCGGGCUUCAAGGAGAGGUCAGGGGCUUUGGGAUAGUAUGCUUUUGCAAUAAAUGCCAAGGGAAUGAAGUUUGUACACCAACUGUUUUUGAGCUGCAUGCUGGCAGUGCAAAUAAACGUCCGCCAGAAUAUAUAUACCUGGAGAAUGGGAAUACACUUCGGGAUGUCAUGAAUGCAUGCAAAGAUGCCUCCCUGCAGAUGUUGGGGGAAGCAAUCAGAAAUGUUGUUGGUUGUUCGUCCGUAAAGAAAUCAACCUUCUGUCUGAAUUGCAGAGGCUCUCUUUCUGAAGCUGGCUCUGGAAAAUCUGCGAUACUUUGUGGUUCAUGUGCGGGGAUAGUGGACUCUCAAGCUAGCUUGGUGCAAACAGCUGAUACAGGUCACGGGAAUGGACACCAAACAGCUGAUACUGGUCAUGGGGAUGGACACCAAACUGCUGAUACUGUUCAUGGUUUUGGACACCAAACUGCUGAUAGUGGUCCUUGUUAUGGACACCAAACAACUGAUACUGGUCAUGGAAAUACAAAGCAAGACCCAGCUCAAAAUUCGUCUGAGAAGGUGCUAAAGUCCAGUUCGUCACAAAGUAAAAGUCAAGGAAGAGUAACUAGAAAGGAUCUGCGGUUGCAUAAGUUGGUUUUUGAAGAAGAUGUAUUGCCAGAUGGAACUGAAGUAGCAUAUUAUGCUCGUGGGCAGAAACUGCUGGUUGGUUAUAAGAAGGGAUUUGGAAUUAUUUGCACAUGCUGCAAUAUUGAGGUCAGUCCCUCAACAUUUGAAGCACAUGCUGGCUGGGCAUCUCGUCGCAAACCUUAUUUACACAUUUAUACUUCUAAUGGUGUAUCUCUCCAUGAAUUAUCAAUAUCUCUAUCAAAAGAUCGAGGGUUUUCUACAAACGAUAAUGACGACCUCUGCCAUUAUUGCUAUCAUGGGGGAGAUUUGUUGUGUUGUGAUGGAUGUCCGAGGGCUUUCCACCCAGCGUGUCUUUCUCUGGCAGUCAUCCCUCGUGGCACAUGGUACUGCAAAUUCUGUGAGAAUAUGUUCCAGAAGGAAAAAUUUGUGGAACAUAAUGCUAAUGCCAUAGCAGCUGGACGAGUGUCAGGAGUUGAUCCUAUUCAACAGAUAACCAAGCGAUGUAUCCGAAUUGUCAAAACUCCUGAGGCUCAAUUUGGUGGAUGUGUCUUGUGCAGAAGUCAUGACUUCUCCAAAAUAAAAUUUGGUCCUCGCACUGUUAUUCUUUGUGAUCAGUGUGAAAAGGAAUUUCACGUUGGCUGUUUGAAGGAUCACAACAUGGAUGACCUUAAGGAGUUGCCAGAAGGCAAUUGGUUUUGCUGUGCAAACUGCAACAGAAUUCAUUCUGCUUUGCAGAAGUUGGUUGUUCAUGGGGAAGAAAAACUUCCAGAAUCGUCUUUAAAUGCUAUAAAGAAGAAACAUGAAGAAAACGGGUCAGAGAGCAUGGCGGACCUUGAUAUAAGAUGGAGGGUUCUUAGCGGAAAGAUGUUCACUUCUACUGAAACUAGAGUGUUACUUAAUGAGGCUAUAGCUAUUUUUCAUGAACGGUUUGACCCCAUUAUUGAUCCUUCAAUUAAGUCUGAUAAAAGUACGCGGGACCUCAUUCCAGCUAUGACUUAUGGAAGAAACUUUAAGGGCCAGGAACUUGGUGGGAUGUAUUGUGCUGUAUUAAUGGUCAACGGUGUUGUUGUCUCUGCUGGAAUCUUUAGGAUUUUGGGGCAGGAACUGGCAGAAUUACCUUUAGUCGCUACAAGGUCCAGUAGCCAAGGACAGGGUUACUUCGGGUUGUUAUUCUCUUGCAUUGAGAAGCUUGUUGGCUUUCUCACGGUGAAGAACCUCGUGCUUCCAGCUGCAGAAGAAGCUGAAUCUAUCUGGUUAAAUAAGUUUGGUUUUAGCAAGCUAAGCCCAGAAGAGCUUUUCGAGUAUAGGAAAACUUACCAGAUGAUGAUAUUUCAAGGGACAUCUAUGCUGGGGAAAGCCGUCCCGAAGUGCCGAAUCAUUGACAAACAGAAGAAUGCUUGAAGUAUGGGUUUACUGGAGUAUCUUUUUGUGCAGCCUUUAAAAUAUACAGGACAUCUUUGUGUACAGGAAACAUGCGUGAUAGGUGAAAAUUUUCAGCUUGUUUUACCCCUGGUUUUGGUAAAAUACAAAGAGCAAAGCAGUAGGUUUUGGCUAUGGAUAGCAGAAAAUUUUGAAAUUUAGCUUGAACUAGAUGUCAAAUAGAACAGCUGUUGGGGGGGUCUUGUUUGGGAUAUACUCUUCUUUUUUUUCUUCUGAAGACAGCUGUGAAUUUCUUUUUCAGAUGGUCUGAAAUAGGAUGAGUAUCUGAACUAUAUUUAUCCUGUGCACUCUGGUAUUUUUGGAUUACAAAUUCCAAAUAUCAGUUGAUCUGGUAUUUCUUUUUUUGGGGGGUGUA